UUACGGAUUGCCGAGCGCGUGAGGCUCGCCCGGAGGCCCAGGAGUGACCCGCGGAAGCGCCGCAGCGCAAACAUGCGUUUUCCCCGAACGCCUCUCCUGCGCCUUCCUGGCGGCGACAGCGGCCAUGGUCACGACCUGCGUAGUGGCCCAGCGAGCGCCCCCGUGGACAGAAGACUGCAGAAAAGCAACUUACCCUCCUUCUGGGCCCACGUACCGAGGCCCAGUCCCCAGAUACACCAUCAAUCUGGACUUGCCCCCAUACAAGCGAUGGCACGAGGUCGUCACAGACAUGGCGCCAGCGCUCCGUACUAUUGUACAGAAUGUGAAGGAUGUGGUGAAUGCUUUCUUUCCUAGUGGAAAAGUCGUAAAGAUGGUGGAUGAACACUUGGCCAGCUUGCUUGGCAACCUUCCCUGGCCAUUUGAGGAAGAACUGAAGGGGAUUGCAGAUGUAUCACAGAUCCCUCUAGGCGAGAUCAUUUCCUUCAACAUUUUCUACGAACUCUUCACUGUCUGCACCUCCAUAAUAGCAGAAGACAAGAAAGGUCAUUUGUUCCAUGCUAGAAAUAUGGAUUUUGGAGUCUUUCUCGGGUGGAACAAGAACAACAACACUUGGACUGUGACAGAAAAUCUGAAGCCGCUAACAGUGAAUCUGGAUUUCCAGAAGAACAGCCAGACCGUCUUCAAAGCCACCUCAUUUGCCGGCUACGUGGGCACCUUAACCGGCCUGAAGCCAGGGGUGUUCAGCCUGACUCUGAACGAGCGCUUCAACUCCAACGGGGGCUACAUGGGCAUCAUCGAGUGGCUGUUGGGCAGAAGAGACGAGACGUGGAUCGGCUUCCUCAUGAGAGACGUGCUGGAGAACGCCACCAGUUACGAAGAAGCCAAGAACCUGCUGGUCAAAACCAAAAUCAUGGCCCCGGCCUACUUCAUCCUAGGGGGCAACAAGUCGGGGGAGGGCUGCGUGAUCACCCGGGACCGGAAAUCUGCCCUGGACGUCUACGAGCUCAGGCCCCAGGAGGGCAGGUGGUACCUGGCCCAGACCAAUUAUGACCGCUGGAAAGCCCCCUUCUUCUUGGACGACCGGAGGAAGCCCACGAUCACUUGCCUGAACCAAACCACGCAGGAGAACAUCUCGUUGCCCGCUUUAUAUGACAUCCUGUCUACAAAGCCGAUUCUCAACAAGCUCACGGCCUACACCACACUGAUGGACGUGCCCGGGGACGUGUUUGAGUCGUACCUGCGGGACUGCCCAGACCCCUGUAUCGGCUGGUGAGGAGGGGGCACCUGAGCAGGAGCAGGCUCUCGGAAGCUCUUCUGCCCCGCGACGAGGGGAGCUCUGUGCGGGCGGGCCCCGGGCCCCAGCUUCAGGAGGCAGCCAGGACCCCAGGCUCAUCCUCACUUCCUCGAGCUUGUUGACACUUCAGGAAGUUACUUUACCACUAAAUCCUUUGUGAUUCUUUCCACACUUGCCAGUAAUUGUUAGAAAAAUGAAGCAGUCCUUUGGAAUCAAAGUCACCGGCCUGUACCAAGUGUGUGCCAGGCUUUGCUCUUGGAUUGGGGGCCUCUGGUGCCCUUGAAUGAUGGGAGGGGUCCCGUGGGCCAGGCCCCGCAGGUCCCCGGUCAGCCCGCGGCUGCAUCUUGGCCCGGAUGUUUCCUGGACGGAGGGCGGGCAGCUGAAAGAGAUGGAGGUCCUCGGCCAAGCGACCCCCAGGUCGCUUUAAAAUAAACACACUCCCUUUAAAAUAAAUACACUCUUGUACAA